UUUCAGUUUUUAAAUUGAUAAAUCCAUUAUCAUACUGAGAGAUUCUGCCAUUUCCUUUAUGCACAAACUGCUCAUUGCAUCACACACGAGAAAUUAAGAUAGAAAGAAGGACAUGGCUUAUACUGCUAUUACUUCCCUUAUGGACACCAUCCAUCAAUCAAUGCAAGUCACUGGAUGUAAUUUGCAGUCCUUCUAUGAAAAGCUUGAAUCCUUGAGAGCUAUUAUGGAGAAACCUUGCAAUAUAACGGUCGGUCUUGAGGCAUUGACAAGCUUGGAACAAAUCGCAGAGGCAGCAUACAGAGCAGGAGAUAAGGUUGACUCAAAAUCAGCAGAAGCUCUAAGCGCAAAAAUAGGAACUUUACGAGGCAGAGCUUUCUCGGAGCUCAGUUGUCUCUUGGAACAAGCGGUAGAAUGCAUUGAUUCCAUCAUGAAGCAGUGGAUAGCAAUCCAGGAAAGGUGCAUUGAUUCCAUCAUGAAGCAGUGGAUAGCAAUCCAGGAAGGCUGCAACAACGUCGAGGAGUAUAAAGUUGACUCAGUAUCAAGCAAAGGUUUUUGGCAAAAACCCAUAAUCAGAAAAGGCGUAGCGUUUUGGGAACCAGCAGUAGGACAUAUUGAUUCCACUAUGAACAAGUGGAUGACGACGCAGAGCAGGUACACCGAAAGCAAACAUCUAGAAGCACGAAAUUUGACUCUCGCCAGUACAUCUCAGCAUUCCUUGGAGCAUGAGAAUAUGAUGGUUGGCCACGAAAAUGAAUUCGAGAUGAUGCAGGACCAACUUGCUAGAGGUGACAGUGAUCUAGAAGUUGUCUCAAUUGUUGGGAUGGGGGGCAUUGGGAAGACAACUUUGGCUGACAAACUCUACAGUGACCCGUUCAUUACGUCUUGUUUUGACAUUCGUGCAAAAGCCACUAUCUCACAAGAGUAUUGUGCGAGAAAUGUACUCCUAUGCCUUCUUUCUUCCAUAUGUGGAAAGACUAAUGACUCUUAUAAGGAGAAAGAUGAUGGGCAACUAGCAGACCAAUUACAAAAGAAUCUAAAAGGGCGGAGGUACUUGGUAAUCAUUGAUGACAUAUGGGCUACAGAAGCUUGGGAUGAUAUAAAACUAUGUUUCCCAAACUGUAACUGUAGAAGCCGAAUACUCAUGACUACUCGGAACAUGGAGGUGGCUGAAUAUGCUAGCUCAAGUAAGCCUCCUCAUCGAAUGCGCUUGUUGAAUUUUGAUGAAAGCUGGAGUUUGUUGUACGAAAAAGUCUUUGUGAAAGACUAUUUUCCCCCUGAAUUUGAACAGCUUGGCAAACAAAUUGCACAGAAAUGCGGAGGAUUACCUCUAGCAAUUGUUGUAAUUGCUGGACUUCUUUCAAAAACUGGUAGAGCGUUAGAAGAAUGGAAAAGUGUUGCCGAGAAUGUAAGUUCAGUGGUAAGCACGGAUCUUGAUGUCCAAUGCAUGAGAGUAUUGGCUUUGAGUUACCAUCACUUGCCACAUCACCUAAGAGCGUGCUUUCUAUAUUUUGCAAUCUUCCCAGAGGAUAAACUGAUUUUUGUGAAUAGACUUGUGAAACUAUGGGCAGCUGAGGGGUUUCUGAAGGUAGACAAGAUGAAAAGAAUUGAAGAAGUGGCUAAAAAAUGUCUAAAAGAUCUCGUGGAUAGAAGUUUAAUUUUCAUCCACAAGGUGAGUAGUUUUGAUGGAAAAAUAAAAGCUUGCGGAAUGCAUGAUGUGAUCCAUGAACUCUGCUUGAGAGAAGCUCGAAAAAUAAAUUUUGUGAAUGUUAUUAUGGAUAAUCAAAAUCCUGGUAAACAGUCCAGGAAUUUUUAUACAGAGCGAGUUCGGAUCAGUAUCCAAUCAAAGCGAUACCAAUUUGUUGCCAAUCAGUUGUCUAUGGUUCGUGACAAUGAUUCCUGCUCUAUUCUCCUUUUUAUUGAAGAUCCCUCAAGCUCAAGAAUGAUGCAAACGUUGAAGCGUUUCAAGGUACUAAGAGUCCUAGAUCUUGCUUCGCUGACGUUGCAGGCUUUUCCCAGUUGUAUAGUUGAGCUAUUUCACUUGCGAUACCUAGCUUUGAGUGUUUACUCGUCGGCUAAUGAUGGGAAUAUUAACAUUCCACCAUCAAUUGCUAGCCUUCAGUAUUUGCAAACGUUAAUACUUAAGUCUCCAACAUCUCUCGCGUGGAAGGAUUCUCACCCAUUCAUAUUACCAUUGGAAAUUUUCAAGAUGUCGCAGUUGAGACACCUCUCUUUGGACUGGAAUUACUUGAAUCCACAUGAGUCUAUAGAGAGAAGUUGGCUUCUGAUAAAUUUGCAGUGUUUGUCUGGGUGGAAUCCUUCAUCUUGUACUUCAUCCGUCUUUAGACUACUUCCCAAUGUAAAGAAAUUGCAGAUAUGUGGUAUCCAAGAAGACUACAUAAGAAGUAACACGAAAAAGAUCCUCCAUAAUCUUUCCCACUUAGAUCAGCUUAAGGAAUUGAAAUUUAAGUUGAGAAAGAUGUUGAGAAAGAUGGUUAAAAAUAUUGGAAGACCUAUGUUGCCUACAUCUUUGGUUCUUCCUCCUUUAGGUUCUUUUCCGAAGAACCUUAAGAAGUUAGCUUUUACAGGUACUCGUUUGGAUUGGAAGGAUUUGGGGAUUCUUGGUAAGUUGCCCAAACUCGAGGCCCUCAAACUAGGAUAUGAUGCCUGCAUUGGUACGGACUGGGAAGUAGGUGAGGAAGGGUUUCCACACUUGAAGUUCUUGCGACUGAAGCAUUUGUACAUACAUAAGUGGAGAGCCAGUAGUGAUCAUUUUCCAUGCCUUGAACGACUAGUCAUCGACCGUUGUUGGAGCAUGUAUUGGAUUCCGCAAGACUUUGUAGAAAUAACGACACUUCAGCUGAUUCAUAUAAGCAACUGCCAAGUAUCUGUUGGGAACUCUGCCAAGAUGAUUCAGCAGGAAAUUGAAGAGAACUACGGAAGUUCUGUUGAGGUCCAUAUCAGUUAGUCCUUUCAAUCAAGCCCGUCUUUUUACUUGAUUUGCUUUUACUAUUAUUACUUGUAUUCGUUUGUCCAACUUAUAAGAUAAACAAGAACUAUACCUUUUCAAUUCUUUCCUCUCACUCUCUUGAAAGUGUAUCACUUAUUUAUUUUUUUCCUCCUGAAAUUCUGGGUAUUUCACAUUAAACGUGUCUGUAUUAUGAGUCAAUGAACACCAUGCACUAUAAUGUGCAUCAACUAAUAAUCUUUUAUGGUUGAAUUUGAAGAAUUUUAUUGGU